UCAAUUUCUUCCAAAACUACUUGAACCUAUCUUUGCCGGGAGUCAUUUCUAGCUUUCCUUACACUCAUAUUACCCUCCUCUUCUUCACCAUUGUUAUAUGUAGCCCUCUCUUCGUCGUCUACGAUUUUCAUCCGAGACCUAAUUCUGUCGUCUGUACCUGACUGAGUGAUGGAGCAGCAUUUGCGAGGUUCUCAGUCGCCGAUCGACGUCUUCAAGUACCGCCGUCGUCAACUGGCGCCUCUGCAGAAUCUGAUCGCGCCGCAGACGGAGGACGGCGUUUCGGUUUCCGAAAGCUACGGCUCCAAAGCCCAGUUUGUCUAUGGAAAAGAAAAUCUGCAUCCAACUUCUUUCCCUGCCAAGAACAAAUCCGAGGCACAGAUGUGCGAGGCUACAAGUAGCUCAGGAUUAUGCACCCCCAGCCUGAAGUCCCACUUUACCUAUCAGGUCAUGGCAUCCAGAGAAGCAGCAGCAGUAGCAGCAUUAGCCUCAUCGCCAAAGCCAAAUAACACCAUUGAGACCCCGAUUACUGUCAUCAGCUGCAAGGACUGGUCACCCCAAGAUGAUGGCAUUGAGGUUGUCUUGCCUUCAACUGAAAUACCUUCAUCGAAGGAAGAUGUGGAUGCAUCCGGCACUGCUUUGCUGAGUCUUGUCUAUGGUCCUUCUACUAGAAGAAGGAGAUUGCCACUGUUUACUGAAAUUUACCCAGAGUAGUGAAUCUGAUGUGUAGACUGUAGAGACUAGAGAACCUCCAUUUCAGACAAAAGAUAUACCGCACCAUAUAUUCAUCCUGUUAGAUUCGGGUAUAUGCUUCGAUUACAUACUUCAGACAAAAGUGUGUCGAUUGGGAUUAGAUUGAGGAAAACUGGUUGCUAACUAUACUUGUCGACGCUCUGGUGAUGCUCUGUGAGGAAAACUCGUUGCCAACCAUAUUUGAACUUUGAAGAGGCUCUGGUAAUGCUCUGUUAUGGCGUAUAACAUCUGGACGGUAAUGCAUACGAUGGCACUUGAAAAUUGAAAGGAAAAUGGAUUGUGGUGUAUAUACUCUUGUUGCAAUUUCUAUUUGAUCAUUCUAUCUGUACCGAUGUACUUUGUAAAAGGAAACUAGUAUAGAGCUCAGGUGGCACCCA